AGCCAUGCCUCCAAAGAGGGGACAGAAGUCCUCAGGUGCUACAACAGCCAAAAAGCGAAGGGCAGUCCAACCGACAGAAGGAAGUCAAGCCAUAUCACUAGACCUGCCGCCUGUGGGACCACCUGCUCAAAACAAUGGACUCACAAACAUUGACUAUGACAAAUUAGCUGUGGCAAUUCUAAAGCACUCACAAGGGCACAAUGGGCUAAACGUUCCAACUCAGGAGGCCCCUUCAGUGCCAGCACCUACGUCCCACUCAGCUGACACAUCACCAAAACCUACAGCAGAUCCACAACCACCUUCAGUUCCAGGUCCUUCAUCUCUGCAACCAACAAACAGUGUGUCAAGUUCAACGCCAUUGUUGGGGGAUCUGUUAGAUCAAGUUUUUGCAGGAAGCCUUCCAGAUAGCCCCUCAUCUCAGUCCUGUACAGACAGAAGUUCCCAAGGACCUCUUAACAAUUUGAAUCCAGUCUGCAUGAAACUACUAGAAUCUGCUCUCUCAUCAUCAACCUCAAAAGCUUAUCGCCGAAGUUGGAAUUUGCUCCUCAAAUGGAAACCUGACAUAUCACUUCCAGUCUCAGUGACAGAUGUUUGUAACUUCAUAGGCCAUUUAUUUCUUCAAAAUUACUCACCCAGUACAAUUUUUUCCCACAUUUCAGCUAUCAGUUUUAUUCACAAGUUAUGAAGUAUCUCAGACCCUACUCAAGCCUUUGUGACCAAAAAAAUUCUUAAAGGGUGUCAAGCUGUAGGCUCAAGGAGGGACACACGCCUGCCUAUCACAGCACCUAUCUUACAGAAACUCAUUGCAGCCUUAGAACACACUGUGUCUCAGUAUUCACUCAGACUUCUUUUGCAAGCACUUUUCUUGGUAGCCUUUCAUGCUUUUUUGAGAUUAGGGGAAAUAACAGCGAAAUCAGUU